AUGCAAAUUUCUGUACCAAUAAGAGCCCCAACGUGGUUCUCAACAAGAAGAAUCUUUGAACAAAAAUUGCAAGACCUUCACAAAUGCUCAAACUUAAACCACAUAAAACAGAUUUAUGUCCAAAUCCUCAAACGAAAUCUCCACAAAGACCUUUACGUAGCACCCAAGUUAAUUUCAGCUUUCUCUCUUUGUUCACAGAUGACUUUAGCUAUUAAUGUUUUCAAACAAAUUCCUGACCCUAACGUGCACUUGUAUAAUACUUUGAUAAGAGCCUGUGUGCAAAAUUCCCAAUUUUUACUGGCUUUUGAAACUUUCUUUGAAAUGCAAAGGAAUGGGCUUUUUGCUGAUAACUUUACGUACCCUUUUCUUUUAAAGGCUUGCAAUGCACAGUCUUGGUUGCCUCUUGUGAAAAUUAUACAUAGCCAUUUGCAGAAAUAUCGUUUUUUUGAGGAUUUGUUUGUGCCCAACUCACUUAUUGAUAGUUACUGUAAGUGUGGUUUGUUGGGUGUGAAGUCUGCAAUGAGGUUGUUUAUGGUGAUGGAUGAGAGAGAUGUGGUUUCUUGGAAUUCUAUGAUUAGUGGAUUAGUGAAAGUAGGGGAGUUGAGUGAAGCUUGCAAACUGUUUGAUGAAAUGCCUGUCAAAGAUGCGGUUAGUUGGAAUACGAUAUUGGAUGGGUAUGUGAAGGCAGGAGAGAUGAAUAAAGCGUUUGGACUGUUUGAGAGCAUGCCAGAGAGGAAUGUGGUUUCGUGGUCCACAAUGGUUUCCGGUUAUUGUAAAGCAGGAGAUAUGGAAAUGGCUAGAAUGUUGUUUGAUAGGAUGCCGGUCAAGAAUUUGGUUUCUUGGACUAUAAUUGUAUCUGGGUAUGCUGAAAAGGGGCUAGCAAAGGAUGCCAUUAGAUCAUUUGAGCAAAUGGAGGAGGCUGGUUUGAAGCCUGAUAAUGGCACUGUUAUUAGCAUAUUGGCUUCUUGUGCAGAGUCUGGUCUGCUUGGUUUAGGGAAGAGAGUUCAUGCUACUAUUGAGAGGAUUAGGUAUAAGUGCAAUGUUAAUGUGUCAAAUGCAUUGGUUGAUAUGUAUGCAAAGUGUGGUCAGGUGGACAAGGCGCUAAGCUUGUUCAAUGGGAUGUCAAAAAAGGAUUUGGUCUCUUGGAAUUGCAUGCUCCAAGGGCUAGCCAUGCAUGGGCACGGUGAGAAAGCGCUACAGCUCUUUUCUAGAAUGAAGCAAGAAGGGUUCAGGCCUGAUAAAGUUACUCUGGUUGCUGUUUUGUGUGCUUGUGUUCAUGCAGGCUUUGUUGAUAAGGGGAUUCGAUACUUCAAUAAUAUGGAGAGGGAUUAUGGCAUUGUUCCCCACAUUGAGCAUUAUGGUUGCCUGGUGGACCUUUUGGGUCGCGGAGGUCGGCUUAAAGAAGCUUUUAGGCUUGUGCAAAGCAUGCCAAUGGAGCCAAAUGCUGUUAUUUGGGGUACCCUUUUGGGGGCCUGUAGAAUGCAUAAUGCUGUGGGACUUGCAGAGGAGGUACUAGAUCGCCUGGUUAAGCUGGAACCAUCGGAUCCUGGUAAUUACUCUCUGUUGUCAAAUAUUUUUGCAUCUGCGGGAGACUGGAGCAGUGUUGCAAAUAUAAGGCUGCAAAUGAAAAAUAUUGGAAAACAGAAACCAUCAGGGGCUAGUUUCAUUGAGGUGGACGAUGAGGUCCAUGAAUUUACUGUAUGUGACAAAUCACACCCUAAAUCAGAUAAAAUUUAUCAAAUGAUUAACAGAUUGGGUCAGGACCUGGAGCAAGUUUGCAUUGUCCCAAAGGUAUACCUUUAG